UCGCCAUCGCCCGCCAAAUGCAAAGACUCUCGCUCUUUCUGCGCCGCCGGAACUCUCCUUCCCUCUCUCUCUCUCUCUCUCUCUGACAGCGCGGGCGCCAUUUUGCCAGGCAGAGAGAAGUAGAAAGCUAGAAAGCGAAGAGCUUCGUUGGAUAGAAUGGCUGCAGCAGCAUUCCAUCCUCUCUUACAAUCCUCUCCUUAUUCUCUCAGACCCAAGCACAAACACGUCAUCUGCAAUCACAAACCCCAUCGCCUCACCAUCUCCUGCUCGUCCUCCUCCUCGGCCCCACCAGAAACCGCCCCCGAGCCCCACCACCGCCGUCGCCCCGCCGAUGAGAACAUCCGUGAAGAGGCCCGCCGGACCAACUGUUCUACUCACAACCACGGAUUCUCCGCCAAAUACGUCCCGUUCACAACCAGUGUUUACUUCUCAUCUUCUGAAGAGUCCUACUCCCUCGAUGAUAUCAUCUACCGUAGCCGUUCUGGCGGUCUCCUCGAUGUCCGCCACGACAUUGAGGCUCUCAAGAGGUUCGACGGGGCCUACUGGAAGUCACUCUUCGAUUCCCGGGUCGGAAAGACGACGUGGCCCUACGGCUCUGGCGUCUGGAGCAAGAAGGAGUGGGUCCUGCCGGAGAUCGACAGUGACGACAUCAUCUCUGUCUUCGAAGGCAACUCUAAUCUCUUUUGGGCCGAGCGGUUUGGCAAGGAAGUUCUCGGGAUGAAUGAUCUUUGGGUCAAGCACUGCGGCAUUAGCCAUACUGGUAGCUUCAAGGACCUUGGCAUGACUGUUCUUGUCAGCCAGGUCAAUCGCCUCCGCAAGAUGGGUCGCCCUGUCCUGGGCGUUGGGUGCGCCUCCACUGGUGACACGUCUGCUGCACUUUCUGCCUACUGUGCUGCCGCUGGCAUUCCUGCCAUUGUCUUCCUCCCGGCCAACCGCAUCUCAAUCGCCCAGCUCGUCCAGCCGAUUGCCAAUGGGGCGUUUGUCCUCAGCCUGGAUACUGACUUCGAUGGUUGCAUGAGGCUGAUUCGGGAGGUCACAGCGGAGCUCCCAAUCUACCUCGCCAAUUCGUUGAAUAGCCUGAGGCUUGAAGGGCAGAAGACGGCUGCAAUUGAGAUCUUGCAGCAGUUCGAUUGGGAAGUUCCCGACUGGGUCAUUGUCCCUGGCGGUAAUCUCGGAAACAUAUAUGCAUUCUAUAAGGGGUUUAGAAUGUGCCAGGAAUUGGGCCUCGUGGAUCGAAUGCCAAGGCUUGUGUGUGCCCAGGCCGCAAAUGCCAACCCCCUCUAUCUGCAUUACAAGUCAGGUUGGACUGAUUUCAAGCCGGUGAAGGCGGGAUCCACUUUUGCGUCCGCGAUACAGAUUGGAGAUCCAGUUUCGAUUGACCGGGCUGUGUUUGCGCUCCAGAAUUCGAAUGGGAUUGUGGAGGAGGCAACUGAGGAGGAGCUGAUGGAUGCCAUGGCCCAGGCAGAUCUUGCUGGUAUGUUUAUAUGCCCUCAUACGGGGGUUGCUCUGUCGGCAUUGAUCAAGCUUAGACAUAGUGGGGUGAUCAGGCCUACGGACCGGACAGUGGUUAUUAGUACGGCGCAUGGUUUGAAAUUCACGCAGUCCAAGAUCGAUUACCAUUCCAAUGAGAUUGCUGACAUGGCUUGCCGGUUUGCUAACCCCCCUGUGGAAGUGAAGGCGGAUUUCGGUAGUGUUAUGGAUGUUUUGCAGAAAAAGCUCAAACCUUUGAGUGCAGCUUUGAAGAACUAGUCUUCCCAAUGGAGUUUGGCAUCUUAUUUUGUGGAAUCCACCUGAUUAAGUGCUUGGAUAUUGCACACAUAUGCGAUGUUGCCACAGGUGAGAAAUUGGGGAAAAUGAAAAGUCCACUUGCUUGAAUUACCUUUUUCAUUCAUCUGCGUAUCAACACAUGCUGAUCUCUACA